GCGCGCGUGACGUCACCAGCAGCGGCAGCAGCAGCCUCUUCUCCUUUUAAAGCCGGCGGCGGACCGACGGACGGACAGACCGCGGCAAGACUUUAAAUAGCUCGCAGUGAGUGGACCGGGACUCUCUUCAGCCUCUCGCCUCCUCUGAUGGAGCUGCAGUCAUUCCUCCACACCCCGCACCGCCCGCACCGCCCGCCCGCCGCCCGCCGCCGGGACUGAAGCCGUGCGCAGCUCGGUGUCCCGCCGCAGAGCCGUGACCGUGUCGUCCUCUCCGUCCUCUCUGUCUCCCAGCAGGCCGCCGUCUCCUCCGUGACUCUCUGUUCCCAUGCGAUUCUUCAGACUCACAUUCAAGUGUUUCGUGGAUUGUUUUUGAAGGUCGCUGCUCGACAGCUGAGAUUCUCUUUAGUUCUUAUUUACUCGGUUUUUUUUUUCACUUGAUCGUUUUCGCUCUCGUUUCUGCCUGGAGAAAGAAAUGUCUCCAGAUUAUUACUAGAUGUUUGGGAUUGUGAACAUUCAUUAAUUCGUCCGGAUGAAAUCUGAUUCAUAAAUAAAGCAGCAGAUUCUGGAUCUGAUCCACCUCACAGUCACAGUUCUGAUGAGAAUAAUCACGUUUGUUAUUAUCUGACUGAAGGAGAAGAAGAGGAGCGGCAGCAGCAGAGCUGGACGGAACCGAGCUGCACCUGCUGCUGACUGACUGACUGACUCAUCUGCUCCACACAGGGCUGUGACUGGGUCUGAACCGGGUCUGAACCGGGUCUGAACCGGGUCUGAACUGGUGCCCAGCAGGAGCUGAACACAAGGUGAGGGAGAGACUCAUCUAAAAACUGAGUCUUUAAAAAAGCUGCUAAAUUAAAGGGAGAAACAAGAGACUGAGUCUGUAACAGAACUGAACCAGAGCAGACUGAGCCUGACUGACUGAGCCUGACUGACUGAGCCUUACUGACUGGUUUAUACUGGGUUUGGGAAACUGACGAGAAGUGACGAGUGACCAAACCAGAACCUCAAGAAUUAAAGGAACCUGAGAGGAGAGAUUUGAACUGCAGCUGACUGGUUCCUGACUGGUUCCUGACUGGUUCCUGACUGGUUCUUGACUGGUUCCUGACUGGUUCCUGACUGGUUCCUGACUGGUUCUUGACUGGUUCCUGACUGGUCCUUGACUGGUUCCUGACUGGUUCCUGACUGGUUCUUGACUGGUUCCUGACUGGUUCUUGACUGGUUCCUGACUGGUUCCUGACUGGUCCUUGACUGGUUCUUGACUGGUUCCUGACAGGUUCCUGACUGGUUCCUGGCUGGUCCUUGACUGGUUCCUGACAGGUUCCUGACUGGUUCCUGACUGGUCCUUGACUGGUCCUUGACUGGUUCCUGACUGGUUCCUGACUGGUUCCUGACUGAUGGAGAAACAGGCUCUCCCAGCCUCGUCCUGCUCUCUGGUUCUCCUGGAGGAGAAGGGUCACCUCCUGUCUAACGGCGGCGGUGGUUAUCCUCCGGCGGCCGCUAACGGCAGCCUCGUCCCGACAGCGGCGGGGGCCAGUGGCGCCGGACCGGACAAGAAGGCGGGCGUGGUGACGGGGGCGGGGCCAGGAUACCAGGAGCGGGAGACAUGGACGCGGCAGAUGGACUUCAUCAUGUCCUGCGUGGGCUUCGCUGUCGGACUCGGCAAUGUGUGGAGGUUCCCCUACCUGUGCUACAAGAACGGAGGAGGUGUCUUCCUGAUCCCCUACCUGCUGUUCAUCUUUGUCGGAGGAAUCCCGAUCUUCUUCCUGGAGAUCGCUCUCGGACAGUUCAUGAAGGCCGGCAGCAUCAACGUGUGGAACAUCGCUCCGCUGUUUAAAGGUCUUGGCUGCGCCUCCAUGGUGAUCGUGUUUUUCUGUAACACCUACUACAUCAUGGUGUUGGCCUGGGGCUUCUACUACCUGAUCAAGUCCUUUAACUCCACCCUCCCCUGGUCCACCUGCGACAACGAAUGGAACACUGCCAACUGCAUCGAGAUCUUCCAUCACCAGGACUGCAGCAACGACAGCCUCGCUAACACCACCAUCGUCAACAACAUGACCUGCGCCGAACUGGCCAACGCACGCUCGCCCAUCAUCGAGUUCUGGGAGAACAAGGUUCUGAACAUCUCCUCGGGUCUGGACGAGGUCGGAGAGUUCAACUGGGAGCUCAUGUUGUGUCUGAUGGCCGUCUGGGUGAUGGUUUACUUCUGCGUCUGGAAGGGAGUCAAAUCUACCGGGAAGAUUGUGUACUUCACGGCGACCUUCCCCUACGUGGUCCUCAUCAUCCUGCUGGUCAGAGGAGUCACACUUCCUGGAGCCUACGGCGGCAUCAUGUACUACAUCAAACCUGAUUGGUCCAAACUGGGGGAAGCUCAGGUGUGGAUUGAUGCUGGCACUCAGAUCUUCUUCUCCUACGCCAUCGGGCUGGGAGCUCUGACAGCUCUGGGCAGCUACAACCGCUUCAACAACGACUGCUACAAAGACGCCUUCAUCUUGGCUCUGAUCAACAGUGGAACCAGUUUCUUCGCUGGUUUCGUGGUGUUUUCUAUUCUGGGCUUCAUGGCUGCUGAGCAGGGAGUCGACAUCUCACAGGUCGCUGAGUCGGGUCCAGGUCUGGCCUUCAUUGCGUAUCCGAAGGCGGUGAGUCUGAUGCCGGUGGCUCCUCUGUGGGCGGCGCUCUUCUUCUUCAUGCUGCUGCUGCUCGGCCUGGACAGUCAGUUUGUCGGGGUCGAGGGUUUCGUAACUGGAAUCCUGGAUCUGUUUCCUGGGAAGCACUACCAUCGUUACAAGAGAGAGAUCUCUGUGUUGAUCUGCUGUCUGUUGUGCUUCAUCAUCGACCUCUCCAUGGUGACACAGGGAGGGAUGUACGUCUUCCAGUUGUUUGACUACUACUCGGCCAGUGGAAUGACUCUGUUGUGGCAAGCAUUCUGGGAAUGCAUAGUAGUUGCCUGGGUCUAUGGUGCUGACCGCUUCAUGGAUGAUGUGGCUCGUAUGAUUGGCUACCGGCCUUUCCCCUGGAUGAAGUGGUGCUGGUCCUUUAUAACUCCAUGUGUCUGCAUAGGUAUCUUCCUGUUCCACCUGGUGAACUACAAGCCGCUGACCUACAACAACGUGUACGUGUACCCGUGGUGGGGCGAGGUGAUUGGCUGGUGUCUGGCUCUGUCCUCGAUGCUCUGCAUCCCCGUCAGCGUCCUCUACAAACUCUUCAGAGCCAAGGGGACGUUCAGAGAGCGCUGGGCCCACCUGACCACGCCGGUGUGGGGGGUCCAUCACCUGGAGUACAUGGCCCCCGACAUCAAGUCCCUGACCUCCAUGUCCCCCGGCACCGACGACAACAAGGUCAUCAUCUUCGAGAGCGUCAUGUAGGCCGGGCUCCACCAAUCACAGCACUCCAUCUCCAUCCAUCCCCCCCACCACACGACGGCCGACACCUCACGCCACGCCCGCCCUUCAGAUUUACCUCCGGACCUCAGAGCGGACUCUCCUCCUCGUCUCCUCGUCUCCACCAAAGCUCCUGAGAUCCUUCACGCCUUCAGAGGGAGAAGACAGCAGCUCCUCCGGGACACUUUUUAUAAUCACAGUUUCCUUUUUUCCAGCAAUCACCAAAAUUUGUGAUUCAAACGAGCAGAUCGCCGAGUUCUUUGACUGUAAAGGGCUUCGACUCCUCCGGCUCUCGUCAAGAAAAUGUAAAUAUCAUCUCCGUGACUUUUUAAAAGCAGAACGUCACCUCGGAGGAGCUGAAGACGUCUCACUGUGUUCAACCAAACCCAGACGCCGCUGAACGCCUCCGUCCAGCGUCCUCCAUCUUGGAUGAAGGGUAUCAAUGCAAACUCGUCUUGGGGUGGGCGGGUUAAUCACACACACACACACACACACACACACACACACACACACACACACACACACUGUGACAGAGCUGUAGACAGACUUCCCCUCAGACGUUCACCAGAGGUCGUUUGCAUCGUAACUGGACUUCAGAUCAGUCGAGGAUGAUUUUCUCUUCAGUCUUGUGGUCGAGACGUCACGUCAGCAAUCGUAGCUGCAGUUCUGUCACCACACGACGAAUAUUUAACGUGUAAAUGAAGGAAAGUUCCUGUUGCGUAGCAACCAGCCGCCCUUGAACUCACCACGCUGCCAGGAAGUUAACUGUUCAGACCCGACACAAAGACAGAAAGCAGUUCAUUAGAACAUUUGCUGAAUGAACAAGAAGGUCCAAAUAAUGCAGAAUGAGUCAGAGACAGAGUUUCACAGAGUUUAUAAAGUGUCUCCAACUCAACAACUCACUAAACUGACACUUUUGUUAAGGGAGUCUGGUGCUGGUGGAUCUGAAACGUUUCCACACCUGCACUAUGAUGCUGGUGAUGAUGAUACCGGGUCAGAACAGUCUCUCACUGGUUCCUCCACUCUGAUGUCUACCGAUCCACACUAUUGAUAAAACCUGAUCAGGACUGAAGUCAGCGCAGCUCUCAAACUGAAUCCUGUGACUUGCGCGCUCCACUGAUCCCAGAACAGUCCUGAGCAGCACGUGGUGGUUCUGUGAACAAACACAGACAUUAAAUGAAACGCUGAAGAUCUCUGAGCGGAGAUCAGACCGUUAACUCCUUCAUGUUCUGUACUGGACGUCCCCGUGAGGAGGUUCAGGUCAAAGGUCGGGCUUCGUUCUGCGUCCCCGGGUCGACUGAAGUGCCAAACAGACUGAUCCCAGACCAGGGCUCAGAACUGCCAAUCACAACCCGUUCACUCUUCUUCUCUGCCUCGUCUCAUCGGUCUCAUCAACGCUGAGCUCCUCCCGCCAAACGUCACGCUCUCCUGCGAGCAGCUGAAGGUCGUCGGCGCCGAUCGCUUCAAACUCAGAGUGUUUAGUUCCUCGUCAGAGAUGGAACUGCAGCGGUUCUUCAGAAUCAGAUCUGGUCUUUAACGACUGGUUCUGUUCAGCUGUGUAUGUUUUGGACUUCUGUGCGAGCGAGAGAAUAAAACAUCCGGUGGUGAAGAACACGUAGUUAAAAAGUUAAUUUUGUCAAUAAAUACACCAAAAACAUUCAGACAAUCACAUUUCAGUUGACUGAUCGUAAACGUCGUCGCUCUCUGACGUCACACCUGUCUGCAGCGACGCAGACGACUUUAAUUAGGUCUGUAGAAGAAGAACGAGGUGAUGACAUCAGCUGGUGGAGAGAUGAGAGCCGGAUGACUCAGCUCGAUGCGAGCGUCGCCUUACGUCGUUGUCUUAACAUUAGAGCCCAUACGGUUGCUUAGCCAAUCCCAGAGCCCGGCAGGACGUCCUGCACACGGCGCCGCUUCAUAUGCCACCAAUGAGCAGUCUGCGGGGGCGUGUCUACAGCUCUGUCUCAUAGCAACCUGUCGUGGGGAAACAUCACGAUUAGAAUGUAAAAUACACUAAAUCUACAUACAUUUGCACAUUGUUGUACAAUAAUGUCGCUGGCACUUUUGAAGAAACGUGUUAGAAAUCGUGUUUUGUUUUACAUAUUGUAAAAUGAAUCAGAGAUUUAUUUUGUGGAGGCUUUUAUUUUGCUGAUACAUACAGUAUGACAGAUAUAUAUAUUGAAUAUGUGUGUUAUCUAUAUUUGAUGCAGUAUGUAAUUAUGAUGAUGAUGAUGAUGAUGAUGAUGAUGAUUUCUGGCUGAUUGUUCAUGUGGAGUCGGCGAACACGAGCAAUGGGCGGCGACCGCCUCGAGCUUCAGGCUACCUCACUUCCCAUACAAACUUUCAAAAUAAACUGCUUUUAUUUUAUGCAAACGUCCCAUCAGCGGUGUCGGCUGCCAGCAGGAGAGGAUCAUGGGAAGUGUUUCUGGAAAUAUUUCCCUCCUCAGCCUGUUUCAUGUUGCAGCUUUAACGGUCCUCCAGCACCGAUGAGAAUAUAAUAAACUGAAGAUCCGACAGAAAAAAUAAAAAACUGUCUCCUGACGACAGAAACUAGUAAACGGCACAGAGUGGGAGCUCUGACGUUUAACGAGCCCAGCUUUGAGGCUCCACAUUGAAAACUCAUUGAACAGGUUUAUACUGACGAGCGUCGGUGCUCGAGGCCUUGAGGUGUGUCUGACCGGCUCAUGUGAACAAGCAGCGGGGCGGGGCUUUUAUUUUGGCGGGGUUGCUGCGAUGCAGUGAUGUAAGGCUGACGAGGCUUCGUGUGGCUCUGAACACACUACAAAAGGGAAUCUUUGUUUCUUUACCUUUUUUUGAUUUCUAAUUUCAAAGUGCUCAAAACUGAAGACUUUUAGAAGAUUUAGAUUUAUUUUCUGUGUUUUUCUGAAUAUCAGUGUCCCUGAUCAGCCCACGGCUCAGAUCCAUGUUAGCGAACAGUCCGAUCUGCUCGUCUCCUCCGAUGAUACAUUAACUUCCACAGCCAGUAAAAAAAAAUACAUGUUUUUUAAAUGAAAACAUUUGACGGGCUGAAUUCCUGCCGACUGAAACAAGACAAGGCUCAUCUGAACAGCAGAACAGCUACCUCACACACUACAACUACAUAUCCCAGCAGCCAGCGGGAGAUUCCAGACACCCAUACGCGGAGCAGCCAAUCAGCUCUUUAUAAUGUUGAUUUUACACGUGACAAAAUAAAAACUGAAUUUGAUUUAAUCCAAAAACUGUGACAAAGAGAACAAGCCAAACUGAAUCUGGGUGCAGAGAAAAUUCUGUUUUCCGGCCAAUCAGAGCGUCCGUUGGCUCAUCGAAGCGUCCUGAUGAUGAAGACGGACGAGAGCGCCAAAAAAAUUAAUAUUAAACUCCAGCAGCCGAGAUGUUACGGUGUCGAUCCUGAAUCUACCAUCGAUCAGAGAGUUUAUAUUUCAAUCACCGGAACCAAAACACUCAGCUAGCUUAAUGUUAGCCUGCAGCUAGCUUAAUGUUAGCCUGCAGCUAGCUUAGUGUUAGCCUGCAGCUAGCUUAACGUUAGCCUGCAGCUUCACUUCAUUUCCUUUUUCAGAGAUCCUUUACGAUCAAUUGUAAAGAGGGUUCACUCUGGUUUGUCGGUACAACCAUCGAUCUGUUGAUCGCUGCUGAUCCAGACGUGAGUCGACCAGCAGAACCGUCAGUGCUGAGAACUCCAGUUUAACUGGAGAAUCAAAUCUAAGUGGAUGGAGACUUGUGACAGCUCGUGACCUCGCAGUGAUGCGUUCAGGUCGUAUCAGAGUUAACACCAAUUUCUGACCUGUAGACUUUUUAAAAGUGCUGUAAAAACAUGGACACCAAAGUCUUUCGAUGAAGGAGUUAAAGUUAAACUCGAGAGCAGAAAUCAGACUGAUCAUAGAGGAAGUUGCUGAUUGGUUGCACCUCUACAGUGGAGCUGAAGCUGAUUGGCUCCUGUGGAGGCUCAGUAGAUUAAUCAGAUUCUAACGACAGUGCUGUUUAUUAAAGCUCAUGAGAUUAGAGACGAGAUGUCACUGACGACUUGUUUCACUAAUCAAACUAACCUGCGGCAGAUUUUUAUAGAAGCUCUGAUCAAAACUGACGUCUGAAACGUAGACGCUUUGAUUUUUAAUCAUCACUGGUUUUUAAAUGUGUGGUGUGGACGGGAGCCUGGGAGGGUCAGAGGGCCAUAAAAAGUGCAAAUCUGCAGCCGAUUGAGGCAAAAAAGAAAAAUGAAAUUGUAAAAAUCAGAUGUAGUUUCAUGUCAUUCUGUCUUUGUGCUCUUCAGCCAAAAAUCACCUUGUUGUGACAGAAUCGGGAAAAUCAUGUCUAAAGAAAAAAGUGCAGCCGCUGGAAAACGUAACAAACUGCUGUAAAGUGUUGUGCGAUCGUCUGCUGCAGGUUCUGAUCGUUGAUUCUGUCCAACAAAUCCUCCGUCAGCUGGUUUCCUGCAGCAGAGCGCCGCUUCCACACAACAUCUGAAGUCUGUGUCCCUGAAUCCUGUGGCUGUUUAAACUUUUCUUUUAUUUUACUGAUUUUUUAGAUAA